AUGUCCACCGAAGCCAAGAGCCGCGCGUCCCCUACUCCCAGCCCUUCGACCCAAAACGCCCAAGAGGCUCUGCUGGAAGUGGGGGGCCAUGGACCUAGGCCACCUAAAGAAGCCGGUACAUGCAAAGUCCAGCAGCGCGCCAAGAUCUGGCAUACCGAGUUGCAGAAUGGCUGUGCCGACAUGCGCGACACAGACCUGCUGAAUACCGUCGUCUAG